AUGGCUCGUGCCCUGGGCACCGUCGUCAUCGUCGAUCUGACCUCACGAUUACCCUCUUCACAAUCAUCGCAACACGAUGAAAGGCUUCACCAAGGCUCUGCAGCGAAUCGACAGAUGCCGAGUAUAAUGACUGCACUGCUUAAUUCGGGAUCGAGCUUUGGCGCGUCAUUGUCGACACUCUUCCAGCCCCUUGGCGCCGAGUACAACUUGGCGACCAAGUUUCCCAAUUCUGAACUCACUGUGAAGAACAUCGCCGUGUACCAGCGCCUGAUGGAGGAGCUUCAGGAAACCCUUGCGCCCGAGUUGGAUCUCAUCGACUCUCGCAUCGUUGAGCCGAGCAAGGAGCUUGUCGAGAUUUGCAAGAAGAUUCGCAAGACGUGCACGAAGCGCGACCACAAGCUUGUCGACUAUGACCGCCACAACAACAGCUUGAACAAGCUGCGCGGCAAGAAGGAGAAGAGUCUGAGUGACGAGAAGAAUCUCUUCAAGCAGUUUGAAGUUGCUUCGGGCGAGUACGAGCAUUACAACAACCUGCUCAAGGAGGAGCUGCCGCAGUUCCUUGAGCUCGCCUCGAGGUUCAUCGAUCCCCUCUUCCACUCGUUCUACUACAUGCAGCUGAACGUGUACUACAUUAUGCUCGAGAAGCUCCAGUCCUUUGCCGACGGCAAGUACGACUUGGAAAGGCGCGACAUUGAAGACAUUUACCUCGAGCAACGUGGCGAUGCUGCCGAGCAGCUCGACGAGCUUCACAUCACUCAGCGUACUGCCUCGACUGGUGAGUCGUUCCCGCGCGUCAAGAUGGCUGACCCAUCAGCCAAGAUCCUCCAGCAAGCUCGUGCGAACGGGGGAGUGUCGCGCACCGCCUCACACUCCUCCAAGGCGGAUCUUGACCGGAAAUCGUCGUACUCCAAGGGCGGCCUUGACCGCAAAGUGUCCUCUGGUUCUUAUGCCGGCCGAUCGCCGGAACCUGCGGCUCCUCCGCCCUACAGUCCCUCGUCGGGUGCAUCGGUCGUCGGAAAGAAGGCGCCGCCCCCUCCUCCUCCUCUGAAGCCAAAGCCGGGGGCUGCUCCUAAGCAGUACUGCACCGCCAUUUUCGAUUACGAAGCUCAGAUUAUUGAGCGCACAGACUCUGCCGAGGACUGGUGGACUGGUCGCUUGAACGGCAGGCAGGGUAUUUUCCCCGGCAACUACACCCAAGCCGACUAG